CUCGUUUAUGUUGAGUAAGCCAACAUGGUGGGGGUUCGGCUUCUCCUUGCUCUGUUCCUGUUUUCUUUAUCGUUGUCAUCGACACAGCGUCCUAAUAUCGUUUUUAUUGUGGCAGAUGAUUUAGUGUGGAAUGACCUUGGUUUCCGGAAUCCUGACAUGAUAACCCCAAAUAUCGACAAACUGGCCACACAGGGAAUUAUCUUCAAUAAUGCAUACGUCCAGCCUCUUUGCAGCCCAUCCCGUACCGCCUUUAUGAGUGGAAUGUAUCCUUUCCAUGCAGGCAUGCAGUGGGAGUGCACUCCAACGUACCGAGGCUUCGACACCUUCUUUGGUUAUUAUAAUUCCGGUGAAGACUACUUCAGCCACAGUAGUAGUGCGUAUUACGCCUACUGCAUGGUUGUAUGA